AUGAAUUUCGAAAAACUCGAUGAAGAGUUAUUACGUGAAUUAGCUAGUAAAGGGGAUAUACAUCAAAUUCAAACUUUGUUAAGUAAUAAACCAAAUUUGAAUGUGAACAGUCAAAAUGCUAUGAAUGGAUGGACAGCUUUACAUUGGGCAGCAAAACGAAAUCAUACACAAGUCGUAGAAUAUCUACUAGAAAAGGGAGCCAAUAAAGAUAUUCAAGCUAAUGAUAAAUUAACUCCAGCACAUGUUUGUAAUAAUGAGUCGUUACGAAAAAUUCUAGAAUCGAAUACAUCUGAUAGUAAGCAACUUUUCUUUUAA